AUGUCGUCCGCCGCAAAGAAGCUCAUCGUCGCUGGAGGCAACGGUUUCCUCGGAUCCAGGAUUUGCCAGGCCGCUGUCCACAGAGGAUGGGAUGUGACAUCAAUCAGUCGCUCCGGCCAGCCCAACUGGUCUUCCGUGUCCGCUUCCCCUUCCGCUCCCUCCUGGUCGACCGCCGUUUCCUGGGAGCGCGCCGACAUCUUCCGCCCCACCGAAUGGAUCGCCCUCCUGAACGGUGCUGACUACGUCGUCCACUCUCUGGGUAUCCUCCUCGAAGCCGACUACAAGGGCGUCAUCUCCGGUCGGGAAUCCCCCCUCGCUGGCCUCCAGAAGGCCUUCUCGCCCCGCCACACCCCGAACCCGCUCGAGCGUCGUCCCGGUGACGAGAUCCGUCCUCCGACCAGCGCGAGCCAGUUGACCUACGAGAUGAUGAACCGUGACAGUGCCAUCCUGCUCGCCAAGGAGGCUGCCAACAAGGGCGUCAAGGGCUUCGGAUUCGUUUCAGCUGCGGGAGGAGCCCCCGUUCUGCCGAGCAGGUAUAUCUCAACUAAGAGGGAGGCGGAGGACGUGAUUGCCCGCGAAUUCCCUGAGAUGAAGAGUGUGUUCUUCAGGCCGGGAUUCAUGUUCGACAGUUCGCGGCCGGUGACCAUGCCGCUGGCGGCAGCGACGAUGGCGGGAAGCAUCUUCAACGGGGCCACGGGAGGAGUGCUGUCCAGCUUCCUGGGGAGUGCGGGGACGAAGCCUCUCAAGGCAGAUUUAGUUGCGGAGGCGGUGGUGGAAGGAUUGGACGAUGCGGCGGUCAAGGGGGCAGUUGAGGUCCCCGAGCUAGAGAGGCUGGCGAACAAGGGAUGGAGGAGAACGAUGCUUUAA